GUGGGGCUAUGCAGAAUUGAACAAAAAAUGAAAAAGUACUGAUCCUGAAAUACCUCAAGCAGACCAAAACAUAAUAAUAACAUAAAUUUGUGGAAGAUUGGUUUGUAGCUACAGUGGAUUUAUUAAAAUUUUUAACAUCGGGAUCGACAUCCUAAUAUUCUACUUUCAUUUUCGCCACGUGCUUGCAGUUUAGAAGUUGUUACUCUUAACAUGAAUAUUAUAAAUCAAUAGAACUUAUAUGGCCGGUAGAUAUAUUAUUUGAUGUACAAGAACAUGUGGUUUAACCUGGAUUUCAGUGUCAGUGUUACGAGCUUUGACAUUUUGACAUGGAAUAUAUUUUUCCGGAAACUGGGAAGGAUCCAAGAUUCGUGCAUUUGCUCCAACAGCUACAUAAAGCAUUUUCAGUCGUGAAAUCAGGUCUAAGUAUCUGGGAAGAAGCUAUAGCAAAGUCUCAGCCACAUUUGAAAAGUGUACAGAACUUGUCAGAGCAACAUCAUUGCUGUGUACAGGCUCAGGGGUUAGGAGAGAUAGUGCAAAGGUUUCCUGACGUCAGGGAAAAACUUCUGUACAAAAUCAACAAGGAAAUCGACAACAAUAUGGCUAAUCUUUACAAAGCUGUUGAUGUUUGUAAAGAAGUAUGUGACAAAGUUUCAAAGCAGUGUACAAGAUGCCAGGUAGUCUACAACAAAACCAACGAAGACCUUAACAUGCUAACCCGAAGGUCACCCACUUGCCCAUCUGCUGUAGAAAUGCUUGAAUGGUUGCAAGAUAGUGAAUACUUAAUGAUGAAUCAAUACUUGAUCAGGAAACAUUUGUUAGACAAGUUUUCUCUGUCAGAUAGAGAUCAGGAAUCAGUCCUGUACAAACAGUGGUCCACAGAGGAUACAACUCUGCUGCAGACUAUUAAGGGGCAUCUCCAGUAUUUGGAAUUCUUUUUAGAAAUGAAGAUCUAAGUACAGAGAAUUCACUACAUCAGAAAUCCUAGGCUAUGGUGUGUGUUUGGAAACUAUGAGCAAGACUGAAAGAGGGCCAAGAAAAUUUUUUUUUAAACAUCUAACACAAUAUUGUGAUGAUAGUUUGCAGAAAGAAAUUUAAUUAAGUUAAAUAUAUAUAAACCCAUUAGCAGGAGGAAAAUAUGUUUUCAUAGAAAGGAUUUUUAAUUAAAUUUUUGCCACAUGUCAUAAAAUAUUGGAAACUGAGCAAACCAGAAUAAAUAAAGGAAUACUAGUAAUUCAAAAAAGGAUAUGAUUCUGACCUUGUGCUUAUGAAAGUUUUGUUUUGGUUUAACUGAAUCUUUCUGAUGCUGUUGUCCUUUAACUCAAGGUCAUAAAGGAGGAGACAUUAUUCAAGGGAUUAAAAGGUGUGUGAAAGUGCACAAAAGUGAAAAAUUAUCAUGUGAAUCUUCCGAUCAUUAAAAGUUUGAAGAUGUGAAGUGUACCAAAAUCAAGGAAGGUGAAUUAUCGAUGGAGUUUAACUUGUUUUCCAAUAAAUUUUCAUUUGCACUUUU